AAUAACAGUAAAAAAAAAAUUUCUCUCUUUUUGGAGGGGUUACUUGCUUUCCCCUCCAAAAAUUUGUCACCAACAUUUCCAUUGGUGACGAAUUAAAAAAAAAGAAGAGCAAAUCCCAUUCUAAUUUUUUUUUUUCCAAGUUUCCAUGUUUCUGCAACUUUGAGGUAUUUUGACUUUUGGGGUUCUCAUAAAUAUGGAUGACAUGUAUGGCAGUGAUGAAGAAUACUAUAAUGGAGAAUACGAGGAUGAUUAUGAUCGUGACCCGGAACCUGAAUCUGAUGAUGAUUUAUCUUGUGGCAAAGCUCCUUCAUGCAGGGUAAUAAGGAAGGAAUCCCUUUUAGCAGCACAGAAAGAAGAUCUACAGAGAGUAGUAGACUUGCUUUCUCUGAAGGAACAUCAUGCACGAACAUUGCUUAUUCAUUAUCAAUGGGAUGUUGAUAAGGUCUUUGCAAUUUUUGUUGAAAGAGGGAAAGAAAGAUUGUAUGUAGAAGCUGGUAUAACACUAGAGGAGCAAAAUGACAAUCCUUCCUCCGAUCCCUCAACUGAAUAUACAUGUGAAAUUUGCUUUGAAGAUUUCCCUGAUGAGCAAACGACGUUGAUGGAAUGCAAUCAUAGGUUUUGCAAUGAUUGUUGGACAGAGUAUUUCAUAGUAAAGAUCAAUGAUGGUAAGAGUAGACGUGUAACAUGCAUGGCUCAAAAGUGCAAAGCAAUAUGUGAUGAAGGAAAGAUUAGGGAUCUAGUCACUGCAAAGGAUCCUAAUUUGGCGGAGAAGUUUGAUCGUUUUAUCCUAGAAUCAUAUAUCGAGGAUAAUAAGAGGGUUAAAUGGUGCCCUAGUGUUCCUCAUUGUGGAAAUGCAAUUCGUGUUGAGGAUGACGAGUACUGUGAAGUUGAAUGUGCAUGUGGUCAGCAAUUCUGUUUUAACUGCUCUUGCGAACUGCACUCACCUUGUUCAUGUGUUAUGUGGGACCUUUGGCUUAAGAAGUGCGACGAUGAAGCACCCACUGUCAAUUGGUUGUCAGAGAAAACCAAGCAUUGCCCAAAAUGUCAUAAAAUUGUGGAGAAGGAUGGAGGAUGCAACCUGGUACAGUGUAUAUGUGGACAGCCAUUUUGUUGGCUCUGUGGUGAAGCUACUGGAUUUGAGCACACAUGGAAUAGUAUAUCAGGUCACACUUGUGGCAGAUACAAAGAAACUCAUUUGAAAAGUGAAGAUUCUGUAGAGGACUAUUGGCGUCUUACUCACUAUUAUCGUCGUUAUAAGGCUCAUAUUGAUUCGUUGAAGAUUGAAGCAUCUGAAUCAAAGAAAAAAAUACUUGAUAAAGUCCAUAGCCUUGAAGCAAAGGAGUUCCAGUUAAAAGAUUUCAGCUGGGCAAUGAGUGGAUUCCAUAGACUCGCCUUAUCAAGGAGAGUUGUCGCCUGUUCCUAUCCAUUUGCAUACUACUAUUUUGGAGAUCUGUUUGCGAAUGAAAUAACAAAAGAAGAAAGGGAAAUAAAACAGAACCUUUUUGAGGAUCAACAGCAGCAAGUUGAAACAAAUAUCGAAAGACUUUCAAUGUUCUUGGAAGAGCCAUUUGGUAACUAUGCUGAAGAUAAGCUUGUUGAGACUAGAAUGAAGAUUAUUACUCUAUCCACAGUAACUGAUGACCUCUGCAAAAACUUGUACGAGUGCAUUGACAACGAUUUGCUAGUUCCUCUACAACAAGCAACUCAUACAAUAGUUCGUUAUAGAUCCAAUGGUGUGGAAAAAGCAUCAGAACUAUAGGUAAGUGCAGAUAUACUAUGUAAUGCAUCUUUACUAUAGAGCGCGAU